CAGUUGCUACAAAGUGCCAACGCAUGCACCGAAAACAAUACCAGAGAUAGAAAGGCAUACAAGAAAGCAGAGUCUCCACACGUCUGAGACUCUCAUUUUCUUGAGUAAAAAAUUUACAAGCCUCAACUAAACGAAAAUAGCACUAUGGCCACAAAAUCCCUGAUUUUCUCCUUCUACACCCUCUUCCUUCUCCUUCUCCUCUCACCUUUCUCUUCUCAGAACCCGACUCCGGCCCACUCUGAGCUCACGAACUAUGGCUUCCCCAUCGGCCUUUUACCUUCCUCCGUUCUCGGCUACUCCAUUAAUAUUACCACUGGAGACUUUUCCGUUGACCUCGGCGGCUCCUGCAAGGUUACUCUCCCGCCGGAUAACUAUUUGGCCACCUAUUCAAAGAAAGUAACCGGCAAGAUCGUGGCUGGUAGAAUCGCAGACAUCGAUGGUAUCCGGGUCCGAGCAUUUUUCAAGUGGUGGUCCAUCACCGGGAUCCGGUCCAGCGGCGAUGACUUGGUGUUCGAGGUCGGUAUGGUCACCGCCAAGUACCCCUCCAAGAAUUUCGACGAGAGCCCGGCUUGCGAGGGAAAGCACUCUGCUUCCUGAGAGGGCAUCUAUUUGCUGCUUCAUUGGACUAAAAUAUGGGGUAGUGACGUAGUGUCUAAGCACAAGUCUUUAAAACAGUAACUUUGGAAUCAGAGAAGAGUGUUAGCUGCUCGUAGAGUCUGAAUUGUGGGUAAUAAAUUCGAAUGUUCCUGACUUGUUAUGUUUAUAACUCCACUGUGUAUCUGCAGUCAUCUCACAAUUUAUAGGUAAUUAAUCAGAUGAUAUUCCACUUUGUCAUUAUUUUAUAUAAAAGCACAGGAACUCUGCACUUUUCGCCCAAAUGCGUAAAGUGUUUGAA